AUGCGUUUCUCCACCACCACCGUCCUUUUCGCGCUCGUUGCUCUCUCCGCGGCCGGUCCCGUCGGGCUGAAGAAGAAGCAGGCCGGCGUCCUCACGGCCAGACCGUACAGCCAGUUCCAGAUCUCGGACGGUGUCGCUGGAAAUGCGCUCGCCGAAGUCAAUGCCAUGUUCCCGAUCGACACGUCUGACCUGGCCUCGGUCUCGGAAGACGAUCUCCAAAUCAUCAAGGACGCACGUGAGACGGCCGAGGACGCCGAAACCGGCACGGGCGGCUUCAACGACGAACUCGACGCGGCGUCAGGAGACACGACGGCGCUGCAGAACGGCAAGAUCAAGAACAAGGUGCUCAAGUUGCAGUUGGAGGUGCUGGCCCUGCAAAUCGAGGCCGCGCAGGGAGACGCCGAUCAGGACAAGAUUGACGAGGAGAUGACCAAGCUGAACAAUAAUAUCGCGCUGGACGAGGCCGCGGCGGGCGAGGACAGCGUCGGCGUCUCGGAUACCUUUGACGGGUAG